AUGUUAGUUAAAGAAUUCUUGACGGGCCUUCGUCGCCAAAUCAAUGAGAAACCCUUGAGGUUUGUGACUGGUAACCAGUCCGCAGACAUGGAUUCCGUUGUAAGUGCGUUAUCUUUAGCUUUUUUUAAAGCUCAACAGGCACCCUCAGAACCCGUGGUUCCUAUAAUCAACAUUACUAGAGAAGAGUUCAAGUUGAGAAAAGACAUCAGCUUGUUGCUUGGCACCUACUCGAUUGGCCAGGAUCUUCUUUUCUUCAUUGAAGACUUUGAAAGAUUGAGUGAAAAGUCGGAAAAGGUACACUUGACACUAGUAGAUCAUUGCAAUAUUCAAGGCGAUAUAUUUCACAAGUAUGCCGACGAAAACAAACUACAAAUCGAUACAAUUAUCGAUCACCAUGAAGACGAAAACGUGGCUAAAGAUGCUGACCCAAGAAUUAUCACAAAGAGUGGUUCGUGCUCUUCACUAGUAUUCAACUACUUCUAUACGAACCUCAAGGAUAAGACAAUCUUUGAGACCUCGGAUGUGUGUGGACUUUUAUUAGGACCACUUUUAAUCGAUACGAGUAAUAUGACACAGAAGGUGGAAAUGGAGGAUUCGGUUGCCUUUUCUAGAUACAUAAUGCUCCUUCAAGACUCACAUAUUUCCACAAAUAUGACCCAACUUACACGGGCAGCCAGUGAUGUUUCCACUGAGUCGUUGAUGCUGACUUACUAUGACACAUUGAAAACCGCCAAAAAGGAUUUGAGUGGUCUUUCUUUCUUUGACAUAUUGCGCAAAGAUUACAAGCAAUUCACCUUCAAUGGUCUUCGUGUGGGAUUUAGUUCUCUUGGAAAACUGUACCUGUGGAUCUUCAACAAGUUCUCCGGUAAUGAUAUUGAGGAGGCUUUGCUUCGAACAAUAAAUUACCACAAAUUGGACAUGUUAGUGAUAACCACUUCAUAUACCAAAAAGACUAAUAAUGAGUACACCAGAGAAUUCUCCUACUACUUCAAACUGGAUGCACCAAGAGCUGGUGAUUUGAAGGAGAUUGGAACGUUGGCUCAUCAAGCUUUGAGCUUAAAUGAUAAAAUCUACGACUACGAAAGUUUUGCAAAGAAGUUACUGUCUGUCUCCAAUUUAUUUUUAUUUAACCAAGGAAAUGUUCAGGCAUCUCGAAAACAGGUGGUACCUAUCGUCAAGGACAUAUUGGAAUCCAAGUUUUGA